GAGUGGCGGCGCGGGCCCAGCUGACGGCGCGGAAGCUCCGGCCCGGGCUUAUGGCGGGCGGCGGCUUCUGGGUGUCGCUGGCGGCUGGCGGGAUUGCAGGAGUGUGCGUGGAUCUGAUAUUAUUCCCUCUGGAUACCAUAAAAACCAGACUGCAGAGUCCCCAGGGCUUCAAGAAGGCUGGCGGCUUUCGUGGCAUCUACGCUGGGGUCCCUUCCGCUAUCGGAUCCUUCCCAAAUGCUGCUGCAUUUUUUGCCACCUACGAAUACGUGAAAUAUGCACUCCACAGUGACUCCUCCUCCCAGUACCUGGCUCCGGUGACGCACAUGGUGGCUGCCUCCUUUGGAGAAGUGGUCGCCUGUCUAAUACGGGUUCCUUCUGAAGUGGUAAAGCAGAGGGCUCAAGUUUCGCCUUCAUCCAGCACCUUUCAAGUGCUUUCCAACACUUUAUAUCAAGAGGGUAUUCGAGGACUUUAUCGGGGCUAUAAAAGCACAGUAUUAAGAGAGAUUCCCUUCUCUCUGGUGCAGUUUCCCAUUUGGGAAUCUUUAAAGGAUCUCUGGUCGUGGAAGCAGCGUCACAUGGUCGAUUCUUGGCAGUCGGCGGUUUGUGGAGCUUUUGCAGGUGGGUUUGCAGCUGCAGUCACCACGCCUCUCGAUGUAGCCAAGACAAGAAUUAUGCUGGCAAAGGCCGGUUCCAGCAACGCCAGAGGGAACGUGCUGUCUGCUCUGUUCGAGGUCUGGAAGAAGAACGGCGUGUCUGGCUUGUUUGCAGGUGUCAUCCCUCGAAUGACAGCCAUCAGCCUGGGAGGCUUCAUCUUCCUCGGGACGUACGACAAGGCACGCUGCUUGCUGCUGUGAGCGGGCCCGGAGAUGCCCAGGAUCCAGCGUGAGGAUCCACCGAUCUGCUUUCAGCAAAGAGGCCUUGUACAAACAAUCCUCCAUCCCAGGCUGCUUGAUGCGUCCCAGCAGCUGCUCCACCACCCCAACAAUAUUUCCUCUCGCGUGGGAGGGAACCCAACAAAAACCCUUCAAUAAUCCAAUUUCCCUAACUUGAAAUAUCCCUGCCAUGAAAGCAGUGAAGUCAUCACAAAGCCGUGCCAAAAAAGUAACGUUAUGGGGGAGUAAACAACUAAUUACCUUGGCUGCAAAAGUCAUUAUUAGGGCUCACACAGGGAAAAUGUUUCGCUAACCACAAGAGCGCGGCUGCGAAAGGAUAAAACCAGGUCUCAUUACUGUCCGAGACCUGGUUCAGCCCGUUGGUGCGGGUUUUGUGCCCCAAGACGAGCGAACAGAGCUGCAGCUGGUGCACUUGCAAGGCCUGGCGCAGUGAUUGUCCUAGGAUUUGCUCGUUUCUGAUUUGAAACAUUCAGUCACUGUCUGUCCCUCCAGGUGCACAUAGCUGCUCUCUUGCGUGGCAACCAGGGCAUUAGACUCAUUAAACUCACACUUCUCCAGCAAAGGCUGUGGUUGUAUUAUUUUACAGCUAGCCCCGUCCAACAGUGCUGCCUAGGAAAAGACCUGCAGUACCCUUUUUAUUUGCCUGCCUUUCCCUUAGCAGUGCAGGGCAAAUUUGGAUUUUAAACCCCGGAUUGGGACACCACCGCAGAGAAACCGGGGCGCUGUGAAAAGGCAGGUGGACCCAAAUGGGGUGUUGCUGGCCUCUGUGCUAAGGAUCCCAGUGUGGGUCUGUUAUGGGAAAGCAGCCCUUAUUGCCACCAGCUAGUGGAUCACCUGGGCAGAUGGCAUGGGACUCUGAAAUCCUUAGCACAAGGACAUCAUUUCUGUUCAGUCAAUAGCAUUUUCACACUGUGAUUUUUGUGUCAACUGGUUGGGCUCUGCGAGGCCCUAAUGAAAUGCAUGGCUUGGGCUCCACUUGGUGCAGCACAAGGCAGGGUGCUGGGGCUGCUCAGCACCAUGUAGUUUACCCCACUUUGGCAAUGGGGGGUGGGGCAGCUCCCUUGCACAAAAGUGCUUUGUGUGUGCACCAGGGUUGUCCCAGUGGGAGUUAGUAUAAGCUGUGAACACACAGCUUAUACUGGGCAUGGGCUUCCCCAGGCAGAGCAGCUAGUGCCUUGCAACGUGAAAAUGUAUUUCCAUCAAAUGCAGGUAUUUCCACAGCAUGGUUUUGCAGGAAGAUGCCUACUUGGUAUGGAGCCUGCAAGUAAUGAGCAGGUAUCCCAUGCAGCGCAUGGACAGGGGAGAGUACCCAAGCAGCCAGCUCAAGAGGGAGAGGCAGCAUGGGUCACAGGGGAGUCAUCUCCUCUUCCCCCUGCCCCGUCUAAAUGUGAAGAGUAAAUCUGUAGAGCUAGAUUAUUAAAGCCCUGAUGGUCUACUGAGCUGUGUCAUCUGAGCACCGCGAACGUGCCGCCUGCAUGAAGGCAAACUGAUCAAAAGGAGAAGUAAAACAGAUCCUGAAACGAAUCUCAGAUUAAAACUGGAAUUGCAACCAGCCCCAAGUCACUGGGGCCAGAGACUCUUAGCCCAGCAUUGGAGGGGGGUCUCCAUCCAGCCACUCUGUGGUCACACAAAUCUUACUCUUACGAUGGUUUGCUCUCCCAGGAAGUCCUCUCCCUAUACCUAUCUUCUGUAUAAAACAGGUUAGGGAAGCUCAGAACGGGUUUGUUUGUGAUCCCUUAAUUAUCAGCCCAUGUUUUCACUGUUCCUUGUGGAUCCCCCUUUUACUGUUAACCCAUGUUUAAUGUGACCCCUUAACUGAACCCAUGCCUUUACCGUGCUAAUGCAGAAGAGGUCUGCACAGAACAAUGCUGACUCACCUGUGCCUAGGUAAUGCUGACUCACCUGUGCCUAUAGGUAAUGCUGCUGACUCUCCUCCCGCCUGCAAAGGCAGGUGACGGGGGUACUUUGUGGGCCCAGAGGGUCUACCUUACUUGAUCUGGCACAGGUGAAACUUUCACUUCUAGAAUGAGGAAAAGGGAUCUAAUGGGUCUUCCUAAAAAUGAAACCUUCAGUGGUAGCCCACGCAAAAAGCUCUCUGAGCUUCAACAAGAUGGGAAGAUUAGUAUUAUUCCAAAACAGGAAUAAAUUUGGGCAAAAAACCCCAAAAAUAGUAGCUUGACCCCAGACAUGAAGUUUCUAAAGGAGCCGUUUUGGCUCAGAAUAAUGUGUUAUCACCUCAAAUUCACUUUAUUUGCAGGAAACAUGGAUUUCUUAGGGUGAUAUCUUUUAUCGGACUUACUGCCUAGUUAACUUGGAAGAUAAUGAAAUCUGCUGCUUGUACGAGAAAAUCCAUAAGCUAUAGAAAAAAAAGACUACACAGUGAUGUCUUCCUAAGUCUGUGCAAGAAACAUAACAUCAUCCCAGGGGGACUCGUCAUCUCCAGCCAUUCAGCUAACACACAACUAUAUAUGCAAGAAAGCUUUGGAAGUUGAUGUUAGGUGGUCCAGUAAAAGAUGUCUGAAGACAUCCUGGCCUCUCGUAUAAUUUCUGGCCCAUCACAGCUGCAUCGUCACUCUUACACUACCACUUCAGUUGUGGGGCAGAAACACCGUAGUUUUUGGUACGCACAGAGAUAAAAUCCCUGCUCUCCAUGCAAUACUUGGCUCAGCUUUACCUCUGUUGCUGCACCCAACAUCUCUACCAUGGGCAGUGAUGCAGUGUAACUGCCCACGCACAGUAUUGAUGUUCAAAGUUGUCCUCGACCGACUCUGUUCCCUACUGACCUCGUUUUUCUUUCGUGCACCCAUCUGCUGACUGUGGCCAGCCAAUUAAGCAAUUGAUGGAUUAGACAUUUCAAAUAAAACCUUUACUGUACCAUCUCAAUAUGAUCCUGAGCUCUCCCGCUCCACAUGCUAUUGCUAGUACCUCUUUUGGUUCAUCAUACAGAAUUACAUCUCUUGGGUUUAACCCAACAAGCUGGGUGUUUUUUGAUGAAGUUAUUUCCUAAUCCUUUGGAUGCAUUUGCAGUAGAAACGAGCAGAAAAGAGGGUAGCGACUGGUUAUACUCUUUAUUUAUUGAUUUUUUUUUUCAACCGGAUCUCUCCAAAGCUCACUCUCAACAAGAACAGAAAAGCUGUAAUAUUAUAAAUGAACCUUUAUUAAAGACACUUCAAUGCCAUUUGUUAGACACUUCAAUAUUUUACAUGUUUUUCAAUGUACAACAUUGUACCAAAUGUUUUUUUUUCUAAUAAAUAAAUAACUUUGUACACAAAAGUAA